AUGGAGGCAAUUCUCAUUAUAUACCGACUAGAAUUGGCCCAUGCUCAGAUUGAACGACUUCGUGAAACCUCUGGGGCCUCAUCUAUAUCAUAUGGAGUCCUUCAUUAUGGUGAUGUCAUAUAUGCGAGAAGCGUUGGCCUGAGAGACCAAGCACGACGUCUGCCAGCAGACUCACAGACCAUAUAUCCACUAGCUUCAAUAUCAAAGGGAUUCUUAGCUGCUGCAGUGGGAAUCUUAGUAGAUGAAGGCAAGCUCGAUUGGGAUGUCCCUAUCCGAACAUACCUACCGCAGUUCAAUCCAGUUAAUGACCCCAAUGUGGGAAAACAAGCCAAUCUUGUCGACCUAUUGAGUCAUGCUACUGGCCUCGCACAGCAUGACCUACUCCACUUCGGGCCCUUUGGGUCCCAUAUCAGUGACUCCGCUAGGCUAGUGCACUUACUGAAUGGGCUGCCAGCUUCUAAUAAUCAAGGACCACGGUUUCGCCGUUGGUGGCUUUACAAUAAUCAUGUAUCAGCCCUGGCGAGUCAAGUCCUAGAGAGCGUCUCCAGCGGACUGCAAUAUUCUGACUUCUUAGAACAACGCAUCUUGCGCCCUUUACACAUGUUUCGCACCCACGUCUCUCAAGACAAAUUCGACAAAGAUUCAAACAUAGCCCUACCAUAUGCUCGCUUAUCAAAUGGUUCCUUCGCGAAACUACCACCCCCAGAGUACCUCCGAGAAACAACCCACCUCCUCUCAAGCCAGGGUGUUACCAGCUGUGUUCAGGACCUACUGAUAUGGGCCAAAGCAAUAUUAGAACGUGAAGUGUGGGAGCGCAACUACCAACCCCACUAUACUGAGGAGAUGGGCCAGCCCCCGCCAAAUAAUCCGUUGCGACAAAUAGCAACCAUCCGACAUGGCCACUACCCGCAGCCGUUCGCUGUUGACGUCGGCCACCUAGGUCACUACUGUCUAGGCUGGUUAUGUGUCACUCUUCCAUCUUCGAGCUUGGGUAUGAUUAGCUUCAACAAAGAGACCCGCCGCUCCGGCGACCAGCUUAAUUAUGUGCUAGGGAAGAACUCCUCGCCUCUCCCAGUAUUACUCCAUAACGGAAAGGCUCCUGGGUAUAGUUCCGUCAUAUAUACCUUUCCGGAGACAUCUAGUGCAAUUAUUGUACUCACCAAUGGAGCCUCAGACGGAGACCCAGCCGACUGGUGUGCGCGGAUCUUGACGCAGGAGCUGUUCGACUUGCGGCCUCGCGUUGACAUGUUAGAUCUUGCUGAAAAGGAAGCAGUACUUAGUCGGAAAUGGUUCGAUGAGUAUAUGCUGCGUCCAUUACGAGAGGACAGUAUGGGAGUUAGGAAUAGUCCUGUUGACCUUAAGAAGUAUGAAGGUCGUUAUGAAAACAUUGAUCUUCUUACAACGCUGAAUAUUCGAUUCAGUUCAUCCUCAGGCCUUACACUAUCUUUCAACCAUCGGACAGAAAAGAAGUACCCGUUAAGGUUCCAUAAAGAGCACGAAUUCAGCUUUCUACCUCAUGACCGCGAUUCUUGGCUACGUGACUGUAUGCUGGACGUAUUUGACUACCGAACCGGGAUCUUAAAGUUCGCACAUAUGGGAAAUGAAGUUUUUGGGCUGUUUUGGAAGUGGAGCGCAUGGGAAGAGGAAUCUUUCUUCCUCAAGCAGGGUUCUACCACUCGUUAA